AGUGUUGCUACUGAUCAACUGUCGCGCCAGUUGGCUCUGUACGCACAGUCACUUCAGCAGGUCACUGAGCUGCUCAAUUUGAAUGAACCUGUAAACACCCAACGUGACGCCUUUGUCGCGGAGUAUCGUCGGAUCGCGGAUCAACAUCAUCGUGAACUAUUGUCUAGGCGCUAUUUUAUUGAAGACAAGAAGGAACAGUUGGAAAAGCUACAAGAGGAACGAGCUAAGCUCAUUGAGCAAGAAGAACAGCGCAUUGCCGAAGAGAAGAGGGAACUGUUGAAGCAGGAUAUUGAGCAGCUGAAGCGCGAAGAGCUUGAACGUGAGCGCCUGAAGAGCGAGGAGGAGAAGACGCGUUUGCGACGCAAGAUCGCCCUGGAACGCCUUACUCUUAUUAUGCGCUCAGACGAGAAUGGUCUGAAUGCUCUAAAGGAUAUCACAGAUGAGCAACUUGAUCAGUUCAAUGCAGACUCCAUCAUGGAGAAGAAGAUUACGGAAGUUGCGAAGAAACGCCGCGAUCUCCUGGAAAAGGCCACCGCGCGCGCCAGGAAGGUGGAUCACCUGACUCGUGCAAUGCGUUUGGAGGAGAUACCUCUGUUGCGCGAGGCUGCGAUCGCUGAGGAACGUGAGCGUAGAGAACUUUAUGAAAAGGCUCAGCAAGAGGCCGAGGAUCAAUCGCGAAAGGAACAUGAGAACCGGCUGAAAAAUCGGAGUCGACUGAAGCGCAUGGAAGGGGAUGUGAAGCCUUUAUAUAAGGCCCUGAAGGACAUGGCCACGAAGAAAUACCAAGAGGAACUAGCAGAAUGGGAAAAACAGUGCAAUCAAGUGCGUGCUGAGCGGCUGGCCGAGCGCCAAGCAAAAUUGGAGGCCGAGAAGCGUGCAGCCGAG